AUGCAGACAACCGCACAGGCUGCGCCUUCUGCGCCAAUUAAUCACGAACAUACGAACGCGCCGGUCAACCCCAAAGAGAACCCCUCUCCCAUUGUUAAUGGACCCAAUACAACCAAUGGAGGGUCUAACAUUCCACAUGGCCACCAAAAAUUUGUUUUCACAGACCCUGUCGCCCUCCGAUACCUCGAAGAGGACCCGUCGACGAUCGUAUUACAGCGGCGUGAAGAACUACAAGGCUAUGAGAUAUACAUUGUGGAACAAUGGGCUUGUUCAAGGACGCAUCCUACAUUUGUCAUAACAACUUUCACGGGGGAGGCUACACACAGAGUUUGGGUUGGCGUAUUGAGCGUUCCGACGGAUGAAACGCUGUGGUCACCUCGGCUGAAAUUAUACUUCAAUGCGGUGACCAAAUGCCAUGCCCGGAGGAAAGAGACGCCAAAGGGGGCUGUCAUAGUCACGGACUUGAGCACGUUUCCGUCCGCUCUUACUGUUAUCCCGGUACCUGGCGGUGAUAUCAAGCGGCACAGGGAGGAUUUCAUUGUUAAUGAGAACUUGAAAAGGCUAUGCUGCUCUGGUCGUGCUGGCUUGAAAUUGCAAGCACCCUCAGCAGCUACCGAAGCUAAAUUUUACCAACUCUACCGGACCAGUGAGAGAGUAAACCUAUACAGUGCGGUCAUGGAGUUGGUCAAACAAUGUCAGAUGGCUUUGAUGAUGUUUGGCAGGCUUGCCCCGGAGUACGUGGAUGGUUUGCUGUGCGAUGUAACCGAGGCAGCGAUAGGUGACUGGUGGGCAGACGUGGGGAUGGACCUUUAUAAUAUUGAACCAAGCGAUGGCGUACUUGGACCAACCACAGUGGCCGCUUUGCUGGGAACCCUGCUCGGUGCUCGAAAUCGACUUCACGCCUUCGGUGCCCCGGUCGGGAAAGACGCGUUCGAUAUUUCUAACCUCAAACGAGGAGUCUCGAGCUUCCAGAAGUCACAGAAGCUGAAGCGCUCAAGACGACUAGACCAGCCCACCUUAGCAAGGCUACAUCGAGUAACUGCGAAAGCAGCAAAUUCAGAGGGAUGGACUGAUGCUGUCAAGUCGACAAUGGCAGAGCUGAGCGGGCAAGGUGGUGAAAUGGUUAUGGGUAUGGUGCGGGGCCGAGAAAAGGGUGGAAUCGCUGAUAUCGAAACGCUUGAUAUCGACAACUUUGCGCACUUGGUCACGGGUGCGAGGGCCAAGUGGUUGUGGCUGGGUAAGCCACGCAAAAGCGGUAUUGGCGAUGGGUUUGCCAGUGAGCCACCAGCCGCAGAGAUGAUGUUCACCACAAAUGACCAAGGCGGUUAUAUGUGGACGAGUCGAAAACGACACUCGAAUGAAGAACUAGCUACCGACCGUUCCUUUCAAGGGCCGGAUCGAUCAUGGAAACAACCUGAGACCGCAACUAGUCUAGAUGAGAAGGACCAAAAUCUCAGCAGAAUGGUUCUCAAGGGUGUCAGUGGAAAAGUCUCAGAUGCGCGAAUUGGAUUUGGCAGGUUCAAAGAUGCAGUAGGACUGCCAAACCUACGCUCACAUCAUCACAAGCAGACAAAGGAUGGCGUCGAUUUUAUUGGCGAUGCUGCAUAUGUUCCUCCCAUUGACAGUGAAGCUGAGACGCCAGACAUGAAAAAUUUGUCCGAGCCUGGAAACCACAUCGAGAACGCUACUGGGAAUUAUGCCGAAACACGAGUUCAUGAUGAAGAAGCGCACACCGUUCCAUCAUUGAACACGCUUUUGCCAAAAUCUUCUGAUUCAAAACCACCGGAAAUUGUCGUCGACACUGUAGCGUCUCAAAAAGAUUCUGAGUCGCCACGUAAAGAGUCGACGGCUCGAACAGAGGACGAGGAGCAAGAUUUGGAGCUCUACAAGUCACGAUCAUCCGAAAUGUCAAGUGAUCGGGAAGAAGUCUCGGGGCUGGCUGUAAUGUCGCUGCGCCGACCGCAGAGUUGUGCCGACUUAAGCCUAGGGGAUGAUUCCCGGCGAAGGGACAAUUAUUGGCCUAGACAUCUAUCUUUCAGCACAGUCGAAGAAGUUGUACUUGGCUGGGAACGCCUGGAGGGUCAGAAGCCCGUUCAAGAGAAAGCUGGCGCCAGCUUAGAGGAAGCCAUCGCCCAUGAAGACAUAGCGGCCUCCGAUGCGCGUAUCUUCAGCUCCAGGAUUCUGGAACUCAGUGAAAACACAGUCCCUUGGGUCGAGCGGCAAGUUGGUGCUGUUGAUGGCCUAAACCAAAUUUUAUACGACCGCCACGAGGAAGUUAAUACGGUAUACUUGGAACGGCUCGAGGAAUACCAAAAACUCCGUGAGAGGUCCAGUGAUCUACUAACCCAGGAACACUCUUACUGCAUGGACAGCAUGAAAAAGGUGGAACUAAUGGGCGCAAAGCUGGACUACGAGCUUAAUGUCCUCGGGUCCAAAGUCGAAGACGUCGAAUCCGGCCUAGGGGAAUUCGAACGACACGUUAUAGAAAUAGAAACGCGGGUCCAGGCGCUGAUCCAAGGCGAAGAAGAGAAGCAGAGCACCUCUUGGCUCUCUUGGUUUGGCAGGCUGGCCGGGCUCUCUACGCAAUAA